GGGACGUUUUGAUCCAAUUCGCUUGAUGAAAUCGGGGAGGCUCGGAGCGCGAUGUAGCGAGCGGACACGAGCGCUGGCUAAAUCCUCCUUAUUCGGCAGACAUGAUUGAAGAGUUCUUCAACUAACAGUCAUAUAACAAACAUGCGGAUAGGAUACGCCUCGAAUCUCCACAAAGAGCUGUAGUUUGUGCAGUGUGCGCACCCUUCAACUCGGAGGAUUUUCCCCCGUCGGCCGCUUCGCACCGACCAGGCAAUGACAACGGCCUCCGCAACCCCGCAGCAGAUGAGAGAGCGGCUGCUGCAGGCCAUCGACAGCCAGAGCAAUAUAUGUAACAUGGUUGCAGUCCUUGAUGUUAUCACCAAUUUGGAGAAAUUUCCAAUCACUAAAGAAGCACUUGAGGAAACCCGCUUGGGAAAGCUUAUUAAUGAUGUCAGGAAGAAGACGAAAGAUGAAGACCUUGCUAAACGUGCCAAAAAGCUCCUUCGAAACUGGCAGAAACUGAUUGAGCCCAGCCAGAAUGAUGCUUCUUCCCGAGGAGUGCAGGGCACCCCAGGCUCAGCCAAUGGCAGUUCUCAUCCAUGCCGAACGGACACACCUCCAGCUGUUCCCCCACCCAGCAAAAAAUCUCCAGAGCUUAAAAACAGAAUUGAUAUUCACAAUACUUACUUGGCUACAGCGGAAAAGUCUAGAAACCGAAAACACAGGGGGGACCAAAGGGAUAGUCCACAUCCGCCCAGUAAAAUGCACAAAACAUUCACAUAUGGGCACACAUUUUCUUCCACCCCUCCAUCAAAUGGAUAUAGUGGCAUCUCUGAGCCUUUCCUAGAAAAACAUGAUGAUGCACCUUCUGAUAGAACCUGCCCAGAGCAUCUUGACAAUGACAAACAAAACAAAAUCCCUGUUAAUGCUGUUAAGCCUCAUCCAAGUUCUCCAGGGCUUACCAGACUCCCCAGCACUUCAUCUUUACUCAAAACUUCAGUGUUACAGCAGCAGUCAAGAACAGAAGGAGAUGGAGGUGAAAAAAAUUCAGUCAGUAGCCCUCAAUUCUCAUUAAGUCCAUGUAGUGUAGCUCGGGAGACAGUGGCUAAGAGGUCUUCAGCUUAUGCAUCAAAAGGGACUUUGUUGAGCCCAUCUCAUAAUUCUGCCCAAGUGCCCUCUCUUUUGCCUUUAACCUCUCCAAAUCAAAUGUCUCACGCUGAUGGUCGUCUAACUCUGGAUCUAGAGGACCCAGUUCCCUUCAACAGGUCUAUUGAGAGAACCUCUGAAUCACAUCUUAACAGUACAGCACAGGCGCCUUCAGAACUGUCCAGACACAAUUUCUCCCCUGAGGUUUCUAAAGCUGGUUCAGAAAGUGUGACCUUGAACAAAAAACGAAAGAAGUACAGGUCCAGGGACUACAUGGUGAAUCUUCAAGGCCAGGCCUCAGAGGACAGGACAAAGCCUGUGCGCUUAAAAGAGCGCAGAUUGACUUUUGACCCAGUGACGAGACAAAUCAAACCCCUCACUCCAAAGGAAUCCCACCAGGAGGAGGAAUGCCAGGGACCACCAAUUUUCGAACCCCCAAGGAUUGAGACCCCCCAACAGAAGCCACCCACGACUGCUCAAAAUCCUUUUCAGCAAACAAACUGGAAAGAGCUAUCUCGAAACGAGAUCAUUCAGUCAUACCUUAGUCUUCAGAGCAAUGUUCUAACUUCCUCUGGAGCUCAGACUCAUGGUGCACACUUUUUCAUGACUGAGUAUUUGAAACAAGAGGAGAACGCUGUUAGAGAAUUAAGAAAGACUCAUGUUUUAGUCCCUAGUGGCUUGACCACUGAACUACCGGGUGUGAGUCGAGAGGUAACACAUGAAGAUCUUCGCAGAAUAGACAAAGAGCAUUGGCCAGGAGUAAACGGCUGUUAUGACACCAAGGGAAGCUGGUUUGAUUGGACAGAUUGUAUAUCUUUGGAUUCUCAUGGUGAUGAGACCAAAUUGAAUAUCCUGCCGUAUGUCUGUCUAGACUGAGGAAACAGCUCUAAUGGCUUUUGGUUUUCAUUGCCCCCACUGUGAGUAAAAAAAAAUGUCAGAACAACUUUAUUUUCAGUACUGAAGUUUUCUGAUCAUUGGAGUGAAAAGGGGGCUCUUCGGUUUUCUUAAAUAAAAAAAAGAUAAUUCAAUAGAUGUCCUGUUUGUAAUGUGCUGCUACCAACAAGAAUUUGCAAACUAGAUUUGUAAAUGAUAGCUCAGAGUACCUGGGCUGGUUAUUGCACAGUGUGUAUAGGAGUCAGAGCACUAAGCAGUGCAGGUUAGAAAGCAAGUCUGAAACUUGUUUGGCAGUUACAAAAAAAAAAAAAAAAGCUUUAUGUGACUUAAAGAAUAAAUUAUACUUUUUUUUUUAUCAUGUAUGCAUCUAUUUAUUUGACUUGAUCAUUUUUUCCUACCAGAAGGUUUAUCGGCCAAGAUGUGCAAAUAUCUUUAAGGCUUUUCAUCAUCACACUUUCCUUUGUUUUUGGGGUUUUUUUUGUGAUGGACAUGCGUGUGCACAUCUCUCUUUCUCGUGCUAAACAAUGCAGCCACCAACAUUCCAUAUGUUACAUUGUUCUCAGUUUAUCCUGUGUAUGUGAUUUCCAUAAGAGAGAAGCAAAUCUAUUUUUAGACAUCUUUGAUAAGAAAGAAUAAAAGUAUAAUAAAUAUAUUUGCUUAGAUAAUUAUUCAAAUAUCAAAGAAAGAAAGAUGUUUAUUUCGCUUCAUGCCACAGUUGAAAAGUGGCAGUAGAGAGUUCGCCUCUCUUUAUUUAAAGACAAUGUUUAAAUGCUGGAAAUGUACUCCUUACCAUUCCUUUCGAUGUUGUUUGCCUUACUGGACACAGUUUCAUUUCAAGAGCCUUUGGGAAUGUAGAGUAUUUUGAUCUUUUUUUUUUUUUUUCCCCUCCUCCCGCUUGUAUGAUUGUUUCUAGCCCCAUUAUUUCUUGCGCUCACACACACACACACACACACACACACACACACACACACACACACACACACACACACACCCCCUCCCCUCUCCUAUAUGUGCAUUAUUUGCAUGUCUGUAUAUAGUUAUUUCAGUCCAUGUACAAUGUUGCUAAGUGUUUGUUUAGUGAGAUCACAUUGAAAAAUGAGUGGUGAUUCUUUGUUUUGAAGAUCAUUCACAUUCAUAAACGUGUCAGUUAAUUUAAGAUGUAGUUAUAUUGAACUCAUGGUAAUUCUUCCCUCCCUUUAAAUUAAAUCUGGUUUGUUUCAUUUUCAUAACAUUUUCUAAAGGCAGUGAAAGUCAUUUUGCUGCAGACUUGCAAACACUGUGUGCUCUGCUACUUUCAUACCAAUGUGCCUUUAAUGUCAAUAAAAGAAGAAAAAAAGAAAUUGGAAUGGCUUCAGCUAGCUUAACUUGAAAAGUACAACAUAUUUCUUAAAAUCAUGACAGAAAUUGCAGGGAUACACAUUGUUUUUGAAGCAAUGAGCUCAACCCUUGUUAAGGGUAUCAUGAAUCUGCAAUAAAACCAGAUGGCAAACUCCUCUGAUCAAUUAGUUGAUCAAUAAUUUUGUUCAGUGUUCAACAUGACUCGUUUGUUGAAAAUAAAUGAUUUGAUUGAA